UGCCUGCUGGCUGAGAAGGCGGAAGUUCCAGCAGGCUAACUUGCCUGAGUCCAAUAAUUCAUUCCCGUUUCUGGGAGAAAGGCUGAAAGGGAAGCAGCGCGUCACCUGCCAGACAUGUCUACUGCCUACAAGAACAGGAUCCAAGAGUUCAAAUCGGCGUUGGGAGAGGAAAGCAUCAACCUGACGACGCUGAGGGAGCUGAGCUUCAGCGGAAUCCCUCAUGAGGAAGGACUGCGCUCGCUGUGCUGGAAGAUUCUGCUGAACUACCUGCCUCUGGACCAGACGUUAUGGGAUUCCUUCCUGAAGAAGCAGAGAGAGGUCUACUCCCAGUUCCUCAGAGAGAUGAUCAUCCAGCCCGGUAUCGCCAAGGCCAACCUGGGCCUGUCCAGAGCCGACGUCACGCUGGAGGACCAUCCGCUGAACCCGAACCCGGACAGCCGCUGGAACACGUACUUCAAGGAUAACGAGAUUCUGCUGCAGAUCGACAAGGAUGUGAGGCGGCUGUACCCGGACAUGGCGUUCUUCCAGCGGCCCACAGACUAUCCGUGCCAGCUGAUCCUGGACCCGCAGAACGACGAGACGCUGCGGCGCCGCGUGGAGCAAACCACGCUGAAGGCCCAAACCGUGAACCGGAACCGGAGCGGAGUCACCAACGUCAGCUCUCCAGGGAAGGCUCUGAACCUGUACCCGUCCAACGAGUACGAGGUUCUGCCCAGCGGCAGCGAGCACUGGGAGGUGGUGGAGCGGAUCCUCUUCAUCUACGCCAAGCAACCCGGCAUCGCCUACGUCCAGGGGAUGAACGAGAUCGUCGGCCCCAUCUACUACACCUUCGCCACCGACCCCAGCAGCUCCUGGAAAGAGCACGCCGAGGCCGACACCUUCUUCUGCUUCACCAACCUGAUGUCAGAGAACCGCGACAACUUCAUCAAGAGUCUGGACGACUCUCAGUGCGGCAUCACCUGCAGGAUGGAGAGCGUCUACGCCAUGCUGCGGGACAAAGACCACGAGCUCUUCCUCAAGCUGGAGGAGCAGAACAUCAAGCCUCAGUACUUCACCUUCCGCUGGCUCACCCUGCUGCUGUCCCAGGAGUUCCUGCUGCCGGACGUCAUCCGGAUCUGGGACUCCCUGUUCUCCGACCGGGACCGCUUCCACUUCCUGCUGCUGGUCUGCUGCGCCAUGCUCAUACUGAUCCGGGACAGCUUGCUGUCCGGAGACUUCACCACCAACAUGAGGCUCCUGCAGGAUUAUCCCAUCUCAGACGUCCACCUCAUCCUGACCAAGGCCAAAGACCUGCAGGAGAACUGCUAACCUGGGCCCAGGUAGGAGGGCAGACUGAGGGCCGGGUCAAAGGUCAAACCUGCUUCAUCGUCCGUCAUGGCAACGAUCCUCCUCUUCCUUCCGAACUGAUCAGAAAAUAUCGUUUCAUUGAUCGUCUGGAGGAGGAGCCGAAACCUUUCAACACUAUAGACGACUGCUGGAGGAGAGAUCGUCUGCUUCGGUUUUUAUCAUCAGAACCUUUUGGACCUUGAUGGAGCAGGAAGUGACGAGACCCACUUCCUGUCAGUGUUUAACUUCUCUACAGGAGAACAUCCGGUUCUGGUUCUGCUUCUCCGGGUCGGGCUCAGCAGAACCGGUCUUUCAGCUCAACAGAACCUCCAGGAUUUCUGAAGGUCCAGAACCAGCAGCUGGUACCAGAUACUCAGAACCAGGGUUGGACUUCACUAUGAGACCCGACGGACCGGCUUGCUGCACGUUUUGGACCUUUGACCCUGGGUUCUGGUUCGGUUCUGGGCCUGGCUUUCGGUUCCGGGUGCAGACUAAUAUCUGGUGAAGCUCAGUUCUGCUGCAGCCUUUAUGGUUUUUCUGAUGGUCAGAACAGAUUUCAGUUCAAACCCAAGUUAACAGGAAACCUCUGGUCAGUAUUGUGCAAAAGUUUUAAACCACCCACUUCCUGUGAUCCAGACGUUCCUGAAAUCUUUCACUGGUUUGAAUCAACGGUUCUCCAGACGUUCCUGAAGGCCUCGGUCCAGUUUUGACUCCUUUUCCAGUGAACUUUGGUGACUGACGGCUGUAAAUCUGCUGCAAAUGCCAAAAACCUGAAUGCAAACCAAAAUGGCUGCAUCACAGGAAACAGUGGCUGUUUCCUUCCACUCGAUUCUCAGCUCCACACUGCAGAGUCUGGGAUUCCUCCCUUUGAUUUGGAUUCCUCCAGAAAAAUUUUAGGCCAAUCAGCAAACAGAAGAAGUUCUAAACAAUAAUUUCAGAGUCGUAGUUCAUCUGUAGCUUCAGCGCCGGCAGCAGAGAAAGUGAAGGUCAGUUAAUGGUCACAUUUCCAAAUAUUAAAUUAUUAACCGUUCAGAUCAGCUUUUCGCUCUUCACAGUGGAGGACGGUUGUCCACAGGACAGACCAUUUCUGGUGAACUUCAUGUCAUUAUGUACGUCGCAGCCAAAUAUUAAUGAUGGUGUAAAUUUUAAAAUGUCAACAGAGGAAACAGGAAGUGAUCUGAGUCCAGAUCCUCUGGAGGAAGCAAAGCAGAGAAACGGAGCUGGUAAAAUUUCAGCAGGAAAUGAAUCAGAAUGGAAAACGCUGCAAACUGGCUUCAUAAACCUGAAGACCUCCAGACCACCAGGGGGCGGCGACUGGAAGAAAGCUGGACAAAGAGAGGAUGUUUGACUUCACAAUGUUUUCAGAAUGUAUUGCAUUAUAUAACCACAGCAGGUUAACAUGUUAUAUGACAGACUCCAGGCGCCCCCUGCUGGUUAGGAGCACUUCAGUUUGUUUGCAGCUUUUGCUCAUUUUUACAGUUUGCAGCAUUUUCCCUUUUGUUCUGUGGGAGAAAGAUUGUUUAUUUUUUUUAUCUGCAGGCUUUUUCUGUUGCAUUUUCUGUUUGUUUUUGAACCUGCAUCAUUUAUUAGUUUGUAGCAUCAUGAGGUCACAUCUACAAACUUUCAGUCCAGAUCUAGACUUUAAUAAACUGAUCUGUCUCCACAUGUUGGUUUUACCUGAACAAAUCGUUAGGCUGCUAAUUAGCGUUAGCCAUGCUAGCGGCUAACAAGGAGUGAGUGUAUUUAAACAGUAAAGAAACAUUUUAAUCAUGUUAGCGCACUGGCUAGACGCCACGCUGCCAUCAUGAUUUCAGUUUCUAUGAUUUUUCUGGAUGAUUUGAAUCUGAGUUAAAGUUUCUGGAAAUGAGAGAAAAAGCAUAAAAACUGGAGAACUUGUUGGUCCAAAGCACCUUGAAUGAUUUAUGGGAAUAAUCUGGAAGUUAUGAUGAAAUUAGGGUUUGAUUUUAGAUGAUUUUUGGACUCAAGUUCAUCUCAUUAAAAACUGAGUAUUUUUAAACGUUUCUUUAAAAUCCAGGAUAUAAAUCAGAUUUUUUUGCUUCUAAACAUAAAGCAACAAAAACUUUUUUUUGCCAAAAGUGUUUUUAUUGAACUGCCUUUAUGACACUAACUGCAUCACCAGAUGUUUAUCUUCUGAAGGAUCAUCUUAAAGCUCUUUUCAUGUGAUGCAUCUUAACGGCGUAUUAAAGGAACAUUUUUCCAGUUUCUGCUGCAGUUUCUCUGAAACUCCUGCAGGAUCCUGUGGAUUUAAGUGCAAUCUAAAGCUGAGCCACUAGAUGGCUCCACUUGGGCAGAAGGUAUGGACUGUAUCACCUGAACCUGAUCCGGUUUGGUUUGAUGACCGAACCGGAUCAGGAUCAAAAACUGAUUGAUCAUGUUGAGAAAAUCCCAGUUAAUGUCGGUUUAUAUUGAAUGAAUCUGAAGUUAUUGGAGCCUUUUGAUCAGAACAAAUGAAGAACAUGGAAACCAGAACCGGUUCUGUGAUCCAAUGACUCAGAAUCUGUUUGUUUCUGGCAACGUUUUCAGGGUCUGCUGCUGGUUUUUGGGACAAAUUUGAUCAAACCGUUCAGGAAAAGUUUCUGAGUUUCUCAGAUGUUGCAAAGCUUCACAUUCAGACGGAAACAAACUGAAGCUUUUUACUUUGAGGGUUUGUUACCAACAACGUCCUCAUCAGUUUAACGUGUAUUUAUUUCUCCUGAUGCUUUUCUGUCUGUUGAAUAAAACUUUUUGUCAUUUGCAUGAUUUUACAUUUUGUAAACUCAAAUGACAUUUUUUGUAAUAUUCUCCAGUGUUUAAAAUAAUUGUAUAUAAAUUGUUUUUACAUGUUUGCAUAUGUGAAUUAAAAUAAACAGUGACAAAAU